UCUUUGAACAUUUUAAGCUGCUGAAGGGAAAAGGCACCGAGCUCUCUACGCAAACGGUUUGGCGGAUGUUGUGACACCUGUGGCUGAAUCGGGAUCGCAAUUUCAUAAAAGGGUGGUUGGAUUGUUUCACGUUCGCAUCCGUCCUGCAGGAGACGGGCUCCGGAGCCGUUUGAUCUCGUGUGGGAAAACACAAAGGUAAUCUAAAGCCUUUUAGGCUACGGACGCAUUAAUUUCUAAGCCACUCUCUGUAUCUGCUUGCACAGGAAGGAGCAUGGAUAGAGAGGAAUUUUCUCUCACCAGCGCGUUGAGUGGAUUUGGAGAGCGGCUGGUGAGCUCCCGUGGAAACUAAACCGAGGUCAGUGGCUAAAGCAUUGCUCGAAUAAGCGCGCUGUUUGCAGCUGCCCUCUUUUUUAAUCAUUUCAUAUUUUCUAAGAAGGAUAUAGAUUUUUUUUUUAUCAGUCAUGGGGAAAGAGGAAUGCAAAACAAUGCUGGACGCUUUGAACAAAGUGACCGCCUGCUACAGGCAUUUGGUCAUCGCUCUUGGGAGCACUUCGGACUCGCAAAACCUGCGAGAGGAGCUGAAGAAGACCCGCAAAAAGGCCCAGGAGCUGGCGGUGGCCAACAGGACUAAACUGACUUCUUUGCUCAAAGAUAAGACCAUCAGCAAAGAGGACCGGGCCGAGUACGAGCGCCUGUGGGUGCUGUUCUCUAGUUGCAUGGAGCUUCUUGAGGUGGACAUGAAAAGGUCCUUAGAGAUAGCACAGGAUUUCCCCCUCAAGGUGCCCACAAGACACCUCAUCCAGACAGGGAUGACCGGCAGCACCACUACGGUGGCGGCCCGGGCCAUGAGCGUGCAGAAUAUGAAGUACGAGGCGGACAGCAAUAUCGACACGGCAGACCUCAGAGACCUGCAGGCCGAGAUCACCCAGGUGAGCCAGAUGAUGGAAGAGAUGGAGAUGAAGGUGCAGGUGGCGCCGUGGGCCGUUGAGGCGAAGCAGGAGGCAGGCGCUGAGCUCAAGUCCAACAUGAGUGUAGGGAAUUCCUCCGUGGGUGUCAUCUCGAUCUGCGAAGAGGAGCCCAAAGAAGAAGAAGGUGGCGGAGGGAGCAGGGAGGCUGGUUUUGCGUCAAUCUGCGCUGUGAUUGGAUUCUUUGUCAUCGUUAUAGUCGCCUUGGUUCUAGGCUAUUUGGUUGUCAAUAUGUGAACUUUCUAACCAAAAGCCCA